CCCCGCACCAUCUCUCGCCGAAUCCGAAGCCGCCCCGUAUCACCUUAAUUCACACGUGUAUUUCCAAUUUAAAGCUGCUGCUCCAUUUGAAAUGAGAACGCAAAACAACAUCUCUCGUGAGCUUUGCCAAAAUGACACAGCCAGCGCCAAUUGAUCUCCCCACCAAAGACCUUUUCCGAUUAGAUGGAAGGACCAUCGUGAUAUCUGGCGGCCUCGGGGCCGUAGGUUCAACGGUUGGUAAAGCGAUUUUGGAAAGCGGUGGCGACGUAUUCUUCAUCGAUCUGGCACCCGAACCAGCCGGCGCCCUAUGGAGCAAUAUCGAAGCUACCGCUUUCGCGAAUGGCACGAAAGCUUGGUAUCACCCACUUGACGUUACCCAAGCGGAUGCUUUUCCCCUAGUUUUCGACACCAUACGAGAACAAAUUCGACAUCCACUGCGGGGCUUGGUAGCCUGCACAGGUAUCUCGGGUGUAUGCGAUGCGGCGUCAUAUCCGAUCGACGCUUUCCGCAAGAUCCUUGAUGUGAACAUUGCCGGAACGUUCCUUACGGCGCAAGCUGUAGGGAAGGAAAUACACCGCGCGAAUGUAGCAGGGAGUUUUGUCUUGAUCGCCAGCAUGAGCGGCUGGAAUAGCAACAAAGGCAUCAACACCGCAGCAUACAAUGCUUCGAAAUCGGCUGUGCACCAAUUAGGGCGCUCACUCGCCGCUGAAUGGGGUCAUCCCCAGAAUACUUUUGCAUACUACCCUGCUGGCCAAGCGAACAGAGAGGUCCAUCCGCCGAUCAGGGUCAAUACAAUCAGUCCAGGUCAUAUUGAGACCGCUUUGACCAAAGAAGCUCAAGAGACGGGAUUGGUCGACGAUUGGGCUAAGCAAAACAUGCUGGGAAGGAUCAGCCAGGUGGAAGAAUAUAGAGCAGCAGUAUUGUUCCUGCUAGCAGAUGGGUCCAGUUAUAUGACUGGUGCGGACCUUCGCAUCGAUGGCGGACAUUGUUCUUGGUAA